CUUUCCAAUUCAGCUACUGUCCAUCCUAAAUAGUAUCUGAGAUUAGAGAAUUAGUGUGUCCCAUAUCUAGUAUGUUGAAAUGAGUAUCCCAAAGGUACCUGGAUGGUCUACUAUUUCCAGUAGAUUUUCAAAGUGUGGAUCCAUGACAGUAUAGAAUUUACAUUCAAAUGUUUUGCAUCAAUCAAAUAGUUUUGACAAAUAACAACUUUUGAAAGUUUGGACUAAUCAAGAUGAACACUCAAAACCAUGACGAGAACAAUGACAGCUAUUCAAAUUCAACACAAGACAUGGGUGAAGAUGCAGUUCCUCGAAAGUCAAGUCCUUCUAAGCAUAUGUCACUUGAGAAUAUCGAUUUGGAAGCACCUAACACUGAAGAAACUUUGGAAAUAUCACAGAGCAAAAACACUGAUUCACUCCACUUAACAGAAAGUGAUGUGUCAGAAGGAAAAGAUGAAGUCAGUGAAAAUCUUAGGUCAUGCGAUGCAUCUGUGAACGAUGAAAGAAAAUGUGACCAACAAAAUGGGGAAGAUGUUCUUACAGAUCUUAAGACCACUAAUCUACAAUCUUUUUCAGACAUGAGUAAAGUCAUAGUUUUCCUAAAAUCAGAGACUGUCUCCAAUCCCAACACCUCUACCCCAACUUCCAAAAACAUCUUACCUUCUUUCAGCUCCUUUAUAAAAGGCAGUGCUAAAUCUCAACCACGAAGGAUGUCAACCAGUGACAUGGAUUCCAAAAACUUCCCGAAAGCAUCUUCCAGAAGAUGUGCUUCUCAAGAAAGCACUUCCACAAAGACGGUCAAGCUACAUAGAAUACGCCGCCGUUCUAAGUCAGAAUCAAAUGUCAACCAGAAGCCAGACUCAUUGUGUGGUAUGAUCACAGCCUUCCCCUGUCCUACUGAGGUCUCUAGACCUAUUAUGACUUCUCAGAGAGAGGUGAUGAAAAGGAAGGCCCAACGUGAGAGAGAACAGGCAGCUCGAGUCACUAAUUUGGGCCUGGACCGUAACGUGCUAGCAAACAGAGAACACUAUCCACUGGAAAUUUAUCCCCUGUCUGUACACUAUUCAAUAAGUAUUUCUGAGCAUAUGUCACUUGGGAAUAUCGAUCUGGAAGCACAUAAUGAUUCAUUCCACUUAACAGAAAGUGAUGUGUCAGAAGGAAAAGAUGAAGUCAGUGAAAAUCUUAGGUCAUGUGACGCAUCUCUGAACAAUGAAAGGGAAAGUGACCAACAAAAUGGGGAAGAUGUUCUUACAGAUCUUGACCACUAAUCUACAGUAGAAUCAUUUUCAGACAUGAGUAAAGUCAUAGUUUCCCCAAAAUCAGAGAGUGUCUCCAAUCCCAACACCUCUACCCCAACUUCCAAAAACAUCUUACCUUCUUUCAGCACCUUUAUAAAAGGCAGUACUAAAUCUCAACUACGAAGGAUGUGGCAUGGAUUCCAAAAACUUCCCUCAAGCAUCUUCCAGAAGAUGUGCUUCUCAAAAAGCACUCCCACAAAGACUGUAACAUUUAGUAUGACUGAGAACAGUAUUCACAGGAAAAUUACCCCAGCACACCAACAAAGGCAAGCAACUAAUGAAGAAUGCUAAAAACACUGUUUAAACAAAAAUGAAAAUCAAAUUUAGAGUUAUAUUCAGAUAUAGUGAUAUCCUUCUGUUCCUGUUUAGAUAAAAUCUUUUGUUAUGCUGGUUGAAUCAUCUUGACAACACUGAUUCAACUAUUUCCAUGUAUAUAAAAAGAAUGUAUGAAUUAAACUAUUCUAUUGAAUGGAUUUAAAAUGUUUAAAAAAAAAAAAAAGCUAUAGUAUAGAAAGCCAAAACUAACAUAAUUACUAAUUACAUGGAUAAUUUGUACAGACAAGCAGUGAUUAGCUCCUAGAGAAAAUUCCUGGUUUGCAUGGAGGAGAAUGCACACAUUUCUUUAUUCUGCAGAACAUUAGAUGGAAUGAGAUACAACAAAAAGUAAACGCCAACAUACAUAAAUUAGUCUUAGUAAGGUUCUGGUGGGAUGAACAUAAUUUUCCCAAAAUAUAUUUCCUCAGUUGGUGUGCUGAUGAUGGUGGCGGAGAUUGUUGUUUAACAAGUCAGUCCACAACAUCCUAUAGGUGUUCAUUUCAUUUGAGAUCCAUCGCACAUGACUUGCAUCAUUUUCAUACUCAU